AAUUAUAGAGCAAACACGGUAAUCCUCUGAAUCAAAUCAAGCAGAAAAGCAGGAGAUAUCUAUAUUUCCAUACAAAGCUUAGAUUUCCUACUCAGAACUUUUUAUUCUCUCUCUCUCUCGCGCUCUCUCGAGUCUCGACUUCAGGGUUUAUCUUCCUUCCAAGUUUUUGGAUUAGCAGAGGUGAAAAAUGGAAGCUGGGGCAGCGACAGUCGUCCGAUCCCAAUUCGGCAGCUCAAUACCGUCAACUUCUAUUGGCAGAUCGGGUAUUUUGACUGCGAACGGGCCCAAUUUUCUGCGUCUCGGUACCAAGUUCCAGCCCGCUGUUAAGCAUUGCACUUCAAUUUCUCAACCAAAGUUGGGACACAGGAAAGUGGUUUGUAGAAGUAGGAGAGGUUUGGUGGUUCGGGCAUCAUUGUCCUCGGACUCAGCAGGGUCAUCUGAGCCAAUUGCUCCACUUCAGCUUGAAUCUCCAAUUGGGCAGUUUCUGUCACAGAUCCUGGUAAGCCACCCACAUCUUGUGCCUGCUGCGGUUGAGCAGCAGCUUGAACAGCUUCAAACUGAUCGUGAUGCUGAAACAAAGAAAGAAGAGCCUCCUGCUUCGGGGACUGACUUAAUUCUUUACAGGAGAAUUGCUGAGGUUAAGGCUAAUGAAAGGAGAAAGGCUUUGGAAGAAAUUUUAUAUGCACUGGUAGUGCAGAAGUUCAUGGAUGCCAAUGUUUCUUUGAUACCCACCAUUGCCCCCUCUUCCUCGGAUUCUUCUGGCCAAGUGGAUGUAUGGGCAAGCCAAGAUGAGAAACUCGAGCAGCUUCACUCUCCUGAAGCCUAUGAGAUGAUCCAGAACCACUUAACUCUGAUUCUGGGGAACCGUAUAGCUGAUUCAACUGCUGUAGCCCAGAUAAGCAAACUCAGGGUUGGGCAGGUCUAUGCAGCAUCUGUGAUGUAUGGAUACUUCCUCAAGCGGGUUGACCAGAGGUUUCAGCUUGAGAAGACGAUGAAAAUCCUUCCAAAUGCUUCUGACGAAUUAGAGAGUGAUAUUCAGACAGCUGCUGGUGGGAACAUGAGACCUGGUGGUGAUGAUGUCACUUCCCAAGCUAGAGCAUCCCAUCCUGAGGUCUCUUCCUGGUCUGGUGGCAUCAGUCCUGGGGGGUUUGGUCAUGGGAUAAAGGCUUCCCGACUGAGAACUUACGUAAUGUCUUUUGAUGGGGAGACACUUCAGACAUAUGCCACAAUAAGAUCGAAAGAGGCUGUUAGCAUCAUAGAGAAGCACACAGAGGCAUUGUUUGGAAGGCCUGAAAUUGUUAUAACACCUCAGGGGACAGUGGAUUCUUCCAAGGAUGAACAAAUCAGGAUUAGCUUUGGUGGUUUGAAGAGACUGGUCUUGGAGGCAGUGACUUUUGGUUCUUUUCUCUGGGAUGUUGAGAGCUACGUGGAUUCUAGGCUCUUAGCAGUGUAGAUCUUGGCGAAUGACUUCUCAAAUGCAGGGUCAUCUAUGCUGACUCCAAGAAGUGUGAGAAAUAAAGUGUUUAUGGAGAAAUACAACCUCUCCUCUCACUUCCACAUUUAUUGCUCAUGAUCAGCAGCAAGUGGGGAAGCAAAGAGGCGAAAAAAGAAAGAGAGAAAGAAAAAGGCUCAUCUCAUAACAAUUAUACGUCAAAACAAACUAUUUAAACAAACCUGAUAAGCAACAUCAGAUUGAUUGUAAUGUCCCCUUCUUCCCCAGUCUCCAAUCACCAAAAAGCUAAGCGAGCCAUCGGCUUUAACCGGGUGUUCGAGUCGCUGAAGCUCAGCUGUUAUAGGAAGAAAGCAAGCACAGAAGAAAGCCACCAGGAGAAAACUAA